CCAGUAUUCCGCGUCGUAACCUCAAGCAAGCAGCUUCGUCGAGUGCCGUCUCGCAUUGUUGCGUUGUCCGUCACGAAAAAGUUGAAAAAACUUAGUGGGGAACAAUCUUGUUUCAAGGUUCUCGAACAAGUGGAUCUGCAAAAUGACUUCCGCUCAGGAGAAGUGAUCCUGUGUAGUUUCACAUCUUCACAUUGUUCCCAUAGUGAAUUGUUCUGAAGUGAUGCGAACUAUGUUUGACGAUAACGUUAACUUGACAGUGGCGCGGGAACUUUUAGCUUGUGAAUUUGCAGCAAACAGGACGCCCACAUUGGAAGAUCCUUUCUGUCGAAGUCGUUUCGACUCAUGGUCAUGUUGGCCUGAUACUCCUGCAGGACAUACGGCAAAUCACAGUUGUCCAGUAUUUGUAGUCGGUUUCGAUCCAAACAGAUUCGCUUAUCAUAAAUGCGAGGAAGAUGGGACCUGGUUCGUCCAUCCAGAAAGCAAUCAUACCUGGGCCAACUACACGCUGUGCGUGAACAAGGACGAUUACACGUUUCGAGAAAACAUCAUCUUGAUCUACACAGUUGGAUACAGCGUUUCCUUGGUAGCUCUUCUAGUCUCUCUUCUUAUAUUUAUCUACUUCAAAUCUCUAAGAUGUGCGAGAAUAACAAUCCACAUGAAUUUGUUCAGUGCCUUCGCAAUCAACAAUUUCUUGUGGCUGCUUUGGUAUAACUGUGUACUUCAUUCCAUCGAUGUUAUAGAGCAUAAUCCGUGGUGGUGCAUCUUGCUCCACAUCCUCCUCUACUUUUUCCUCAUUUCCACGUAUUCCUGGAUGCUCUGCGAGGGUCUGUAUCUUCACACAGUAUUAGUUUCGGCCUUCGUCUCUGAAACAAGAUUGGUUCGAUACAUGUUAUUGCUGGGAUGGGGUAUUCCAACAAAAACCACUAUAAUAUAUAGUCUGACCCGGUAUUUUUACGGCACGACUGUGUCGGACACUCAGCAAUGCUGGAUGGAUGACUGUAGCUUCACAAGAAUUCUCCAGAUUCCUGUUGCUAUCACUGUUAUCCUUAAUGCUGUAUUCCUAAUCAAUAUACUCAGAGUACUUUUAGUGAAACUAAAACACGGUACUGCAACUGGAGCCGGUUCUGGUGCUUCAAGAGCGUCUUUACAAGCCUUAAGAGCAACGAUGCUGUUGGUACCUUUAUUAGGGCUCAACUAUUUGAUCAUUCCAUUCCGGCCAGAGCCUAAUCAUCCUUGGGAAUAUGUCUACGAAAUUGUUUCAGCUCUCACUGCGUCGAUGCAGGGACUAUGUGUUGCGAUUCUCUUCUGCUUCUUCAAUGGUGAGGUCAUCACACAGAUGAAGAGAAGAUGGGCAACAGUUACCUUCCGACCAAGAGAAAGUUCCUGUACUGCCACUACUACUACUGGCCAAAUUAGUCAGUUUGUAAGGUCGAAUUAUGGAGCGAAUGGGGAAAAAGUUUGACUAGGAAAGUUGGGACGAAGAACUUCGUCUUGGUUUGCUUCAAGAAAAUGCUCAGAAGUCUUUCUUGAUGAUAUCCUGCCACAAACAACCCAAAGUAAUCUAUAACAACGCAACUAUGAUGUAAAUAUUUGUAUAUAAGUUGUAUAGGAGUGCCAAAAGAAUUUAAAAAAAGUGAAGUGAGAAGAGAGCAAUGAUUUGUAAUUAGUAUGGUAUGAAAUAAUAUUUCAGUGAUAUUAAAUAUAUCAAAUUAUGAAUUA